AUGGCGACGGCGGAUCCGCCGCGCGCCACCGGAGCGGCGCGGAUCCGCCGUCGCCAGCCGCCGCGCGCCGCUCCCCCGCUACCGCCACCGCAGAUCCGGCGUCGCCGGCUCGCCUCGCGUCGCUCCCCAGCUGCCGCCGCCGCGGAUCCGCCGUCACUUCCUCCGCCGCGCGCCGUUCGCACGCCCCGUCGCCGCGUCCCCGCCCGGGCACGCCGCUCCACUGCAGAGCCGCCGUACCGCCGGCCCGCGGCGCCGCUCCCCCACUCUGCCACCGCGGCCCCGCCCGGGAGCACCGCUCCGGCGCGGAUUCGACGCCGCUUCAGAGCCGGCCGUCGUGCCGCCGGAGGGAGUCAGGAGGGGCGGCGCGCGGAGCCGUCGCCCGCCGCCGACCUCAGCUUCCUCUUGCCCUCGCUCUCGCCGGAGAAGCCCAGGACCAGGGGCUCCCCGUCCCCGUCCCACUCCCGCCUCUCCAAGCGCGUCAAGAUGCAGACGCAUGGCUGCGUGCAGCUGGCGGAGGAGGCGGACAAGGAGCACAAGAAGGUGGCCGACAAGAUCGCCGAGCGCGCCGAGGUGGUGAAGAACUCGUACAAGAAGUUCGUGGCUGAGGUGCAGGCAUCUACAUCUACACCAUUGGUAUUGCCUCCGGACCAUUCAGCCCUGACUCCAUCACCUCGCCGCCACAACGAGAAUCCUCAAAGCUUGGAUCCCACCCCUCUGCCAUCGCAAGAUGAUCCAUGCGAAAUCCCUACUCUUGCGACCGAAUAUCGUGUGGUCGACAGAAGCCCAACUGGCACAAGCACUAAUGAUGGUUUCGAUGAACAUAUUGACAUGUGUGAUGUUGAGGCUGACAAUAGCCAUGGCCAGUCUGAGGGGAUCAAUCCAUCAAUCCAAGCAGCAAUUGAUAGGGCAACCAAAAAUUUCAGAUCCGCUUGCUGGAAAGAAUUUGAACCAAUAAUUGAAGAUGUGGUGGUUGUGCAAGGCAGGUGCAAACAUUGUGAUACUCUGAUGGCUGCCAAACGUGGUGCAGGCACAAGUUCUCUUCUAACCCACUUGAGAAGAUGUAAGAAACGGAGCAGGGCUCUCAGAAUAGUGCAGGACUUGAGUUCUACAUUGAGGUCUCCUUGUGGCACUAGUUUGAAGGAUUGGAGCUAUGACCCAGAUGUAUCACGGAGUUUGCUUAUGCGGAUGAUAUCAUUACAUGAGAUUCCCUUCCUCUUUACAGAAUAUGAUGGAUUUAGAAGUUUUGUGGCAAGUCUCAACCCAUUGUUCAAAGUGCCAUGCAGAACUACAGUUAGGAAUGGUUGCAUUAAAGCCUUUCAUGAGAAGAAGGUUGCACUCAAAGAAACAUUGAAGAAUGCAGGAUGUAGGUUCUCGUUGACUACGGAUAUGUGGACAAGCAACCAAACACUUGGGUACAUUGUUGUAACUUGUCACUUCAUUGAUAUGGACUGGAGGUUGCAAAAAAGGAUAAUCAAGUUUAUCGAUGUGAAAACACCCCACACUGGAAAUGAGCUUCUGAACAAUAUUCAAAACUGCAUUCAAGAUUGGUCAAUAGAAGAUAAAUUAUUUGCAAUAACACUUGACAAUGCUGCAGCAAAUGGUACAAUGAUGGACUUGUUGAAGCAUAAUCUGGUGGACAAGAAAUUGAUACCAGCAGAAGGGAAGUUGCUUCACCACCGGUGUGCGGGGCAUGUCAUCAAUCUCAUUGUCAAGGAUGGGCUCAAAGUUGUGGAAUCUGUUGUUGAAAACAUUCGUGAAAGUGUAAAGUAUAUUCGUUCUUCACAAUCGCGUAAACAAAUGUUCAAGGAAAUAAUUGCAGCAGAACGGAUUACAUGCAAGAAGAAGCCUGGUCUUGACAUUACCACAAGAUGGAACUCAACGCUGUUGAUGCUGAAAACAGCUCUGAAGUACAAAGUUGCUUUUGAGAAGUUAAAAAGUGAGGAUCAAAAGUACACAUAUGCUCCAUCCGAAGAGGAAUGGGAGAAGGCUGAGGUUCUCUGUAGGCUGCUGAAGGUCUUUAAGGAUGCAACAAAUGUCAUAUCUGGUACCAAAUAUCCCACCUCCAAUCUCUAUUUCCAUCUGAUGUGGAAAAUCAAGUUAGCUUUGCAACAAGAGUACUCAGGUAAAAUUGCUGAAAUUGUCACAGUGUUAGAAGCAAUGAGGUCAAAAUUCAACAAAUACUGGAAUAAGUCAUAUAUAGUGUUUUGUGUACCCGUUGUGUUUGAUCCUAGGUUUAAGCUAAAAUUCAUUGACUUCCUUUUCAAGGAAUCAUUUCCAAAGAAAGCCAAGCAAAGAUUUGAAAGGGUUGAGAGUCUAGUCCGUCAGUUGUUUCAAUCAUAUUCUUCUCAAGGAAAGGAGUCCAAUGCAGCUGAACAAGGUGCUGCGCAAAGUGCUGAGCAGGCAGUGCCUUCCAUGAAGAAUGAUCCAUGGGCUGUUUGGGAUCAACAGCUUAGUAGUGAUCUUCAAUCCCAUAUGACCACGGAGCUUGAUAGGUAUUUGGAGGAGAACCCAAUACCACGUUCUCAAGAAUUUGACAUUUUAAAGUGGUGGAUGGGUAAUGCAACCAAGUAUCCAAUUCUAGCCUGCAUAGCAAGGGAUCUGCUAGCCAUCCCAGCUUCUUCUGUAGCUGCGGAAUCUGCUUUUAGCACUAGUGAACGAAUAAUCAGUGACUUCCGUAGCAGCUUGACGCCUGAGGCUGUUGAAGCACUGAUUUGCACCCAGGACUGGUACCGGGCAGAAGGUAAAUCAACAGAGUUUUCUAUGGCGUCCAUCAAUGACUUCAUAAUGGGCGAGAUGGUAACUGAACUGCAAUAAGGUA